AUGGCCGAACCUCGCCGGCAACAGGUGUCCCUGCGUGGGGCCAGCGCCAGGGAGAUCACGAGAGACGCCCUGAUUGAGAGGGUUUAUCAGGAGAGGGAGCUCCGGAAUUACACCCGGCGGGCAAACGCCGCUGUUUUGUUCAUUCAGAGGGUCUGGAGGAGGCACCAUGAGAUGAGAAUGGUGGCUCUGAAACUGCGGGAUGAUUGGGAAACAAGGAUGAGCAAAUUCUGUGGUGCUUGUGCUGGAAUGCAGAUUUCGAUUGAAAUUGUGAGGCCUUUCAUUUUCUUUAUAAACUACAUAUGCCUUCGCUGCGGGGAGAUCGGAGCUAGAGAUAGAGACUGCAUGAUAAGCUGCUUCAAAUUGGUUUUGGAGAAUGUAAAUUCGAAAGAAGUUAAGCAGAACUUUUUCUCAAUGGCAACCGGCAGCGCUGAAGAGCGAUUGAUAUGGUCUCAUCAAUCAAAGAAGCUGAUUUCCAUUUGCUCGUUUGUUCUUUCCGUUUUCGACCACAUGCAUAAUAGUGAUCAAGACCUUGUCCUCACGUCAACCGCAAUGCGUUUAUCUGUUCUCUUAACAGAUCCAAAAGGUUGGACUAUUGUUGCCGAUAAUAACCGCAAGGAUGCGUAUACUGCCGUGAAUAAUCUUGUGCGGUGCAUCGGGAGCAAGAGAAGCGGGCUGUAUAAUUGCAUCAGAAAAUUCAUUUCAAAAUUGGAGGCUCCUUCUGCUUCUCGGGAGUCUAAAUCUCGCCAGGCAGAUGAUUUAUUUUUAAUAGUUGCCAGUGCAAUAACACUUUCUUUGAGGCCAUUCCACUUAGCGAGCAUGGAAGUGAAUGAUAAUGGCUUGAUUGAGUGUGCUGUUGAGCAGUAUUGGGUCUCGCUACUCACGAUACCUUGGUUUCCUCACCGCUUGCCUGCAGUGCUUGUGCCUGCUUUGAGACACAAGUCAUUUUUAUUACCAUGCCUUAGGGUGUUACUGGUUUCGAAGGACAAGAUUUUGAAGGAAAUAUCUGAAUUAGAUCAGCUGGAGAAAACGUCCAUGAAGAUGUCGGGCGUUGGUUGGGCUCUGGCAAAUAUUAUUUACCUUACGACAGCAAGUGAUAUGGGUGCACACAAUUUAGGAAAAUUCGCUGAAGGUUUAGACUAUUCAUGUUAUCUACAAGUGAUUAUUUUACUCGCAGAAAAUCUACUUGCUUCACUAGAAAACAAAGAGAUAAGGAAAAAUGCAGAAACCGAAGUCUGUAGUGAUGCUUCUACUGAAUCGGCUUUUGACUUGGAUGGAGUAACUUGUGGGUUCUCAGAAAUAUCAUAUAUGGACCUUUUUAAGCCUGUUUAUCAACAGUGGCAUCUCAAGACAUUGCUGGCCUUCGCGAAAGAUGAGUCUGUGCGUGGCACUAAUAUUGGCUCAUCUGGCGAUCAAGAGCGUUCAUGGAAAUAUGGAUUGCUUGAUGUAGCGUAUUAUUAUUCCUGUAUGCUACGGCUAUUUUCGAUUUUGAAUCCCAUGUACAAGUCUUUGCCGGUCCUUAACAUACUGGCAUUUACCCCAGGAUUUAUUGGCAGUUUAUGGGGAGAAAUAGAAAAAUCACUCUUUCACAAAAUAAGUCAUGUUGCCAGCUCCCCUUCGCUCUAUGCAAAUACAAUUGUUGCAGAAAAAAGUGAAGGAGUUUCAGAGAGGAGUCAGAAGAGAUUUGGUAAAGACAGUGGCAAUAAAUGGGUUAACGUGUUGCAGAAAUUCAGUGGGAAGUUGCCUACAGAUAAGGAUUGUGUAAAUUCAGCGAAUAGCCAAUUGAGCUUUAGCCAAAGUGAGGAAAGUCCUUCUGAUGAGUGGGACAUUGAGACUCUGAGGCAAGGUCCUGAAGGCAUAUCGAAAGACGCACAUUGUCUGCUCCUCCUCUUCUGUUCCACUUAUUCACAUCUCUUGUUGAUUCUAGAUGACAUGGAGUUUUACGAUAAGCAGGUGCCAUUCACAUUGGAGCAGCAGCAGAAAGUUGCAUCCAUGUUGAACACACUUGUCUACAAUUCCUUGUCCCGGUUUACUAGCUCUCGGAACAGGUCCCUCGUUGAUUCUGCUGUUAGAUGCCUUCAUUUGCUGUAUGAAAGGGAUUGCAGACGCCAAUUUUGUCACCCUUCUUUGUGGUUGUCGCCUGGUAAAAGUAACAGGAUGCCAAUUGCUGUUGCCGCCAGAACUCAUGAAGUGCUUUCAGCGGCAGAUGGGUCUCCUUCCUCGGGCAUGGGUUCUGUCGUUACUGUUAUGCCGCAGGUGUUUCCGUUUGAAGAAAGAGUAAAAAUGUUUAGAGAAUUCAUCAGCAUGGACAAAGUAUCAAGAAGACUGGCUGGCGAAGGCACUGGACCUAAUUCACGGUCAGUUGAGAUAGUUAUUCGCCGGGGUCAUAUUUUUGAAGAUGGUCUGCGGCAACUGAAUUCUAUGGGCCCAAGGUUGAAGUCAGCCAUCCACGUCUCAUUUGUUAGUGAAUCUGGCCUUCCAGAAGCUGGUCUUGACUAUGGUGGGUUGUCCAAGGAGUUCUUGACUGACAUCUCAAAAAUAGCAUUCUCACCAGAGUACGGGCUUUUCUCUCAGACGUCUACUUCCGAUCGGCUUCUAGUACCAAAUCCAACGGCAAGAUUUCUGGAUAAUGGAAUACAGAUGAUUGAGUUUCUAGGAAGAGUUGUAGGCAAAGCUUUGUAUGAAGGGAUUCUCCUCGAUUUUUAUUUUUCACAUGUUUUUGUGCAAAAAUUGUUGGGCCGAUAUAGCUUUUUGGAUGAGCUCUCUAUGCUUGAUCCUGAGCUUUACAGAAAUCUCAUGUAUGUGAAGCAUUAUGAUGGUGACGUCAAGGAUCUUUCUUUAGAUUUCACGGUUACUGAAGAAUCACUUGGAAAGAGACAUGUUAUUGAACUCAAACCGGGUGGGAAGGAUAUCUGCGUGACAAAUGAGAACAAGUUGCAGUAUGUCCAUGCAAUGGCUGAUUAUAAACUUAACCGGCAGAUACUUCCUUUCUCGAAUGCAUUUUAUCGAGGGUUGACGGACUUGAUAUCCCCUUCUUGGUUGAAAUUAUUUAAUUCAAGUGAAUUUAAUCAGUUACUUUCAGGUGGGGAUCAUGACAUUGAUGUUGAUGAUUUGAGGGAGCACACACAAUAUACCGGGGGUUAUAGUGAAGGGAGUCGGACAGUAAAACUAUUUUGGGAGGUAUUUGCAAGAUUUGAGCCAAGAGAACGCUGCACACUUCUUAAAUUUGUAACCAGCUGUUCUCGAGCACCUUUGCUUGGGUUCAAACACCUUCAUCCAGCUUUUACGAUCCACAAGGUGGCUUGUGAUGUCCCUAUUUGGGCUUCGUUUGGUGGGCAGGACGUGGAUCGCCUUCCAUCAGCUUCUACAUGUUAUAACACUUUGAAGCUCCCGACAUAUAAACGCGCGAGCACUUUGAGGGCAAAGCUUCUUUACGCCAUAAACUCUAAUGCGGGAUUUGAACUUUCUUAA